CAAUUCCCCAGUUCACCACGUCCGACCCUUUGACCAGCUUUACAUCUUUCCCUGGACAACACCGCAUCUUUUCAUGGUGUUGUAGGCUUGUCGUUCUUCGUCGCCAGCUGGUCUCCUUCAUUUCUUGUCGCUCUUUAUCGUGGUGAACACGUCUGUCGAGAAAGAAACCCCCGAUCAAGCUCGGUAGACAAGAAGCCAAUUUGUUCAUGCGUUCAUAGCUCCACCACAGCGAGGGCGGCGCGUCACCGUAGCAUCCAGGACUUUGCCCUCACAGAAAUCUGCAAGCACCAAAGCGCUGGACAUCAGGUGGUGAAUAGCUCAAGGCGCAAAGAGACUGGGUGCUGCUGGCCACGAAGGGAUACACAGGAAGGUCAAGGCGUGGACCAACCAUGACGGACGUCAGUAAACGCCACAGCGUUGCAGGCAAGAUCGCUACGCCCAAGACUGCUCCUGUCAACAGCUCUGCUGCUGCUGCCGUUACCGCUCCCAAUGCGCCGCAAGCAAUGUCUGAAGCCCUGGAGGCUUUGAGCAAGGCCAUUGGCGCAAGGAUCAAACUCACAACUGCGGGCCCCACUUCUCAAACUUACGAAGGCACGUUGUUCACUGCCGAUCCCGUUAUCAACAUCGUCGUGGUCGACACUCGUGCGUCGGGCUCAAAUGCGGCUGCUACAGCGCAGACAGGAGACUACCACAUCAUUCCGAUCUCUCGCGUUCAGAACUUUUCCAUUACUCGCGCGGCCGAGGGUAGCAAUGCUGCGGGGUUCGCGGCGCUCCAACCGGCCAUCGGUGUCGUGGACAUGAAGCAGGCGAAGCAACGCGAGGAAGCUCGCAUUGCUAAACUUCAAGAGGAAGAAAGACAUCGUGGAAAAGGCGUGACCAGCGAAGCCCAGGCCUUGUAUGAUUCAUUCAAGAGAAUCAACAUGCCCAUCCGCUGGCACAACCAAGAGAUGAUUGUACACGAAGCCGUCAUCAUCCCUCCGCCAUAUCGGGUGGAGGAUUGCCGAGCCGGCAAUGACAAGCAAGAGGUCCUCAUCCGUGUUCGCAAGGUUCUAGAAGGAGAGCGCAAAAAGUUGCGGGAGAAGGAGGAUCGCGAGAGGGCCGGCGCCAGGGCUGGUGCAACGCCGACAACAACGAACAGCGCUGAUGCGAGGAAGGGUGGAUGAGGCAGAAGGACUCUAUCCUGCAGCAGAAAAUCUACUCCCCGCGAGAUAUGUGGCACGACGAGGAAGUUGUCGUCGCGCAUUGAUCCAGCGUUCGGGACCGAGGUUGGAUGAACGACCUCUUUCAGAGGCCCCUCUACACACACAAGACUUAUCGAUGAGAUAGCCACUUUGGCACUUGGUCACGAUUAGCGUUACCAAAAAAACUAUGCGCAUCCUUUGGAUCGCCCGGUCUUCUACUGACUACCAGCGGUGACCUUAUCAGUGUUGGUCAAGGAUAGUGAACAUCAAUACGAAAUGAUACCCAAACCAC